AUGUUCGACGCUAUUAAGAGCUGGUUCUCCGGUGCUGAGGCCACUGAGAACAAGUGGGAUGCCAACACCGUCCAGAUGCAGCAGCCCAACAGCCCCGCUGGCAUGAACGAGACUGUUACCCAGCAGCCUACCCCCGAGGCCAUGGAUGUUCACGUGCGUGGAGGUGGUGAGGGUGAGGAUGUUUGCUGCGGAGUCUGUGCUGGUCUCUGCUGCUUCGAGUGCUGCGAGUGCUGCUGCUAA